GAUUCUCAGUCCGUUACUGUCUGCCUCUGUUCCUCUUGUGAUAGUGCCUGGCAAAGCGGUUGUCGCAAGCUGCCCGUCAGCCAAAGCAUCUCCGCCAUCAUCUUCAAACCUUCCUUCCUGUACGCCAGUCAUGCCCUCAUCCGAAUACACGUCCGCAGGCGGCGGACUCAAACUCAAGGGCGCCAAAAAUGCCGGUAUAGACAAGAAGCGCAAGAAGAAGUCGUCGUCCAAAUCCACCGCCGUCGCCGCAGCUUCAUCAGCUUCCAAAGAAGCAACUCCCGCCAAAGACACGGCAACCGACCCAGAGAACACCACCGACCUUGAGCAGAGGGAGAAGAACAAGGAGGAGAGUUUGAUUUCUGAUGAUGGCAAGACGGAGUAUGAAAGACGACAUGAAGAGACAAGGCGGAAGCGCGUAAGUGCCCGACUGCUACUGCUGGUCGCGAUAGAGAUGCUGACGAGAGUACAGCUUGAGGAGCGCUUGAUGCGCGAAGGUGUCAAGACUCACAAGGAACGUGUAGAAGAGUUGAACAAGUACCUGUCGACUCUCAGCGAGCACCACGACAUGCCUCGCAUCGGUCCUGGAUAACACUUUCCCUCCGUCUGCUGGCGCCUCUGCCAGCCCACUCAUCUCCGGUCGAAGGGUCUUUCCAACGACCACGGCACGCCGAUCCGCAACCUGCUCAUCGAGCUACAUCU